AAAGAAAUCAAGAGAGGGAGGCCCUUUGCUGUGUCAGGGAUGUUAUUGCUGCCUUGGCAAAAUAAAUGAAGCAGCAGUGUAGUUGGUAGCUGGAAACUUCAGUACUCGUCAUCUCUUUAACACAAUCCCAUUAAGGUAGAUUUGAAAGAUGGGUUCCAUUGGGUGUCCGCUGUGCUGUCGACAUGACUUUAUUUCUGUGGUUGCACUACAUGAUCAUCUCUUGUACUAUAUGUACAGACCCCUUCAGUGUGCAAUUUGCAGUACUCAUGUGGGUGGUAUCCAGGAACUCACACAUCACUUAGAGAGACAUCUUGGAGAUGGUGUUUCAACAACCACUUUUCAUCCAAAGCCUGCUUUUGACCAAAAUACAGAAUCUGGGAAUACUCCAUUCAUUGAAAAUGGCAGUUCUUGUUAUGAUGAUUUACAUGACCAAGGGAGAUGGAAAAACCUUUCUGAAAAUGGAGACAUUGUAAGUCACCAGACAAGAGAAGAACCUAUUGAACUCACUUUAAGAGCAUUCUUCUGCCAGACAUGUGGUGCAAAGAUAGUUGGUAAAGAUAGCUACUUUUUACACAUCAAACAACACAUCUCAAGACCCAGCAACCUUACUUCCAAUAAUCCACAGCCUUCCAGAAGUUCAUACCAGCAGGAGAAUUCCUCUUGUGGGCCUAGUCCCAGUUUAGUUAGUAUAAACACUGUUCCUGCCAAUAUAUUAACAGAUUCUGAAACUGUUACCACAGAAGAAACCCAUGAAGCUACUGAAUCUCCUGAAACACAACUCUCUGAUUGUAUGGAGGAAGAGCAUGUAGCCAACCAGCUAUUGAAAUUGCGUGAGUGGCAGCUUGGGAAAUAUGGCCGGCGUUUUAGAAAGCAUCAUUUAUCUUUUUCUAGUUCCCUAGGAGCAUCAGAUAAGAAUUCUGUUGAAGGAAAGUUAGUCAGUGCAAAUCCUUCUCCUAAUAUUAAUCCUGGUUCAGUGGAAAAAGUGACAUCAAGUCAUACCAACGACCUUGCCUCUGUUGACCAAACUUCAGUGGAGAAAGAACCACUGCCAUCAUUUUGGCCAUCCAGUGUCUCUUAUUUGUCUGAUGGAGAGAGGAAUACAGAAAUAUCAGGAAAAUGUUCUGUUCCAUCAACACCUCACACUUUGGUAAUUUCAGAGAAAGUUGAUUCAGCAGUAUCAGCAGUAUGUUCUGAGGAUGUUUUGUCUCCAUGUAUUUCCACCCCUGGUGAGCAAAAUGAAGCUACAUAUCAUGAAGAUGAAUUUGUGCAGCUUGAUGAUUGUGCGGUGAGCCCAUUAGGUAGAAUUAAUGAAUCAUUUAAUACAGGUUAUCUGUCAGAUGACAAGAUUGCAAGAUUUCCUCCUCAGGAAUCAAAAACAUUGGAAGGAAGUGAGUGGUCUCAGUGUUCUAUUAGCCAGCCAGGGAAAAGAUCAGAUGGAGGUAACUUUUCUUCAGGAGGGCCUCAGCCUUCUUAUGACAAAAGCUCUCAGGAUAUGGCAAAACAAACUACAGUCGACUCUAACCUCGGAAUAUCUACUAUGAACAUUCCAUUUUCAUCAGAUCCCAAGUCUUUAGAUACUUUGCAAGAUAGUUACCAGGUUCCUUUUGAGGGUGCCAGAGACUUUUCAGAUAAUCCUAGAUUUACUGAUAGAACAGAUGAAAUUAUAAGUGACACUUUAACUCAAACUGAAAAUCAACUUUUUAUUGGUGAUGAAGAUAAAUUGCAAAGCAGCACACAUUCAAACAGUGUAAGUAAUCAUAUUGUUUGUGAAGAGCAAGAACCUUAUUUACAUAAAAAAUUCCACCAUGAUCAAGAAAGGAAAACUGUCCAAAUAACUGGUAGUAUUACUCAGAAUGCAGAUGUCAACAGAUAUAUUCAGAGUAUUCAGUCGUUAUUGGUAAAUAAAUUGAAUGCUACUCUCAAUUCAUCUUCUCCUUUUAAAAGUGAAAGAAUGACUUUAGAAGUUAAGAAUACAAGGAAAAAUACAACCCAGGACAGUAGCUGUUCAGCACAGACUGAGGCACCUCCCAGAGUUUAUAUGUGUGAAGUAUGCAGUCUGAAGUGCUCCAAUCGUUUAGCUUAUGCAGUUCAUUGUAAGUCACAUGAAGUAGAAGGUCAAAAGAACUUUACCUGCCAGUAUUGCAGUAAAAAGUUUUACAGAAAACGUAGUAAGGAUUUGCAUGUGAGGAAGCACACAGGAGAGAAAAUCCAUCAAUGUACAGUUUGCUCAAAGGUAUUCACCAAACUAUAUGCUUUCCAAAGACAUAAGGAGGAAGUACAUGCUUGUAGAAAAAAUUUUGUCUGUGCAGAAUGUAGUAAAGAGUUUUAUAGUCAAAGACAGUUACGGAACCAUCUGGAUCUUCAUCAUAGUAAAAAAAUUCAUAAAUGUAAUCAGUGUGAUCAUGCAUGUCACACUGCAAGUGGCUUGAGAAUGCACAAAUUAAAAAAUCAUUCAAGUGACCAAAAGAGAGAAGAGUAUCAGUGCAAAAUUUGCAAUUAUUGCUUCAAGAAACCUAGUGGUUUAAAAAGACACAUGCAGCGAAAGCAUUCAGUUCCACAGUUAAAAUGCGACUUGUGUCCAAAAAUGUACUCUUGUAAUGAAGAUUUACUGCAGCACAGAAAAAUUCACAGUAGUGACCCAUUUAGAUGUAACCAUUGUGAAAAGUCCUUCACCUCGUCGUGGAAUUUACAAAGACAUAAAGUUACCCAUAAGAAAAAAACACAUCCUUAUCAGUGUGAAAAGUGUUCGUCUAAAUUCACAAGGUUAGACUCUUUAAAAAGUCAUUUAAACAUCCAUUCUCAGAAGAAGCCUUAUGUCUGUCACUGUGGUAAACGUUUUGGGAAAAAAAGUCAGUUGAAAUCACAUGAAGACAAACACAGUGAUGUUGCAAAAUAUAUUUGCAGUGUUUGUGAACACUCUUUCAAAUUCAAAGUGUCAUUAAAAAACCACAGUUGUAAAAGCAGCCGUAAUACAGAGGAAAGUCUGCUUGCUUCUUCAACCUAAACUGUUUGCUACUAUUUCUGGUUGAGUUAAGAUUUCAGUGUAAGAUGUUAAUAUAUUUUGAUACCAAGUGACUAUAAAUCCAAAGGAUUAGUUUUUCCACCUCUAUAGUUUUAAAUUUAUUUAUAAUACAUUACAGUGUUAUGAGUACAUACUCAUUUUGGAUUUAUGGUGUUUUGAUUAUGUACAACUUUUUACAAAUUCUGUACCAGAAUGAGGGGUGGAGUGCUGGCUAGAAGAAAAUCAUUAUAGUACAUGCAGCUAUUUUCUUAAGUGAUACAACAUGAUUGCUUAGGCUUUUGUUCAAGAUUCACGAACUGGCAACAUAACACGCUCCAUUUAUCUAUUAUUUUUUUGCGAAUACACGAUUAUUUCAUACAAUAAGGUCAUAAUAUGUUUGAUGAGUGAAAUCUGUCCUAUAUUUCAAAAUUGUAAGAAAAUAUCGUAUGGCCAAAUUUCAGGAAAACUGUUACAAAACAUCUUCCAAACUUUUGUUCACACAUCGCCAAUGCAAUUGACAAAAAAAAAAAAAAAUCAAA